CUGCGGGGUGUGAGCACCAAAGGGCAGGGAUUUUGCUGAAAUGAAAGUGGAAGCAAAGUGCCUUCCUGCACAGCCUUCGGAGCUGCUGAAACUGCAGGAGACAAAAUCUCCUCAGAGGGUACAAGCCAGAGUUUACUGUGGUGGACUCUGGCACUAGUAUCCAGCCCUGAAGCCUGGCCUCUUGCCAAAUGGACUCCAUGAAAGUGACCUCCGAUGUUACACUCCUCGCCCUUCAGAAGGAGCAGGACAGACUAAAGAUGAGGCUGCAGCAGCUGCAGGAACUGAGGAGGGAGCUUAGGAACUCUAAAGACAAGGUCCCAUUCCCAAUGCCCGAGGUGCCCCUGGUAUUCCGAGGACGCACUCAGCAGGGCAGGGGAGCACCCAAGUCUUUGGUUUCUGACCUGCGGAUCUGCUGCCCUCUGCCUGGAGGCUCUGCUCUGGUCAUCUUUGAUGACCCCAAAGUGGCUGAGCAGGUGGUGCAACAAAAGGAGCAUAAGAUCGACAUGGAGGCGUGCCGGCUGCGGGUGCAGGUUCAGCCCUUGGAGUUGCCUGUGGUGACCACCAUCCAGGUGACCAGCCAGAAGAGUGACCAGAGGGUAUUGGUCAGUGGGUUUCCUGCUGGACUCAAACUGAGUGAGGAGGAGCUGCUGGACAAACUGGAGAUCUUCUUUGGCAAGACCAAAAAUGGGGGUGGUGACGUGGAGGUUCGGGAACUGCUACAAGGGAGUGUCAUGCUGGGCUUUGCUAAGGAAGGAGUGGCCCAGCGCCUGUGCCAGGUUGGCCAGUUCAGAGUGCCGCUGGGAGGGCAGCAGGUCCCUCUGAAAGUCUCUCCCUACGUGAGUGGGGAGAUCCAGAAGGCUGAGAUCAGGUUCCAGCCAGUGCCCCGCUCCGUGCUGGUGCUCAACAUCCCCGAUGUCCUGGACGGUCCAGAGCUGCACGACGUCCUGGAGAUUCACUUCCAGAAGCCCACCCGUGGGGGUGGGGAGGUGGAGGCCCUGGCGGUCGUGCCCCCAGGACAGCGGGGCCUGGCGGUCUUCACCUCUAUGUCUGGCUAGGGGAACUGCCCUUGUUACCACCCCACCCUCUGCCAAGUUUCCUGAACUGGGCUGGGGUUGGGUAUAAGAGAUCUUUACGCUUCCCCACAGCGGGUACAGAUUCCAGAUUGUGAAACAGCACCAGGAACAGUAAAAGUGCCUGGCUGGCGCGAUGUUCUUCCUCA